UGACCUUCCCGUGAUAGUCACUCUUUUGGAUUCCAUUCACCACCUUUGAUCAAUUCAAGUUUGACACGCUUCUCUCGAAUCCUUCUAACAUAUAAUAGAUCCAUCGGAUCCUCCAAAACCACAAGUUAAAAAAAUUAUUCAAGAAACACGAGAACAAAAACAAUGGCGAAAUUAUUCAUCAAGCAAGCAGAGCAAUAUGCAGCAGCCCGACCCAGUUACCCCACCAAACUCUUCGAAUAUAUCGCAUCGAAAACACCGUGCCACGACCUUGCCUGGGACGUUGGCGCCGGAAGCGGCCAAGCCUCACGAUCGCUAGCCGGAAUCUACAAGAACGUGAUUGCUACAGACACGAGCUCAAAGCAACUUGAAUUUGCUGCAAAGCUUCCCAACGUCCGUUACGAGAUCACUCCACCGACGAUGUCUUCAUCGGAGAUCGAGAAGCUAGUAGCACCUGAAUCAUCAGUUGAUUUAGUCACCGUCGCUCAAGCCCUUCAUUGGUUCGACCUCACGAACUUUUACAGCAACGUGAAACACGUGCUCAAGAAACCCAACGGAGUAAUCGCCGCCUGGUGCUACACCAAUCCGGAAGUUAACGACGCCGUGGACAAGGUCUUUCAACGGUUUUACGAUGAGAAACUUGGUCCUCAUUGGGAUCUAGCGCGACGGCUUGUGGAGGAUGGGUACAGAGGAAUUGAGUUUCCGUUCGAGAAAGUGGAUAAUGAUGAGUCAACGGAAAGUCAAAGUUUUCCGGUGAGGUUUGUAACGGAGAAAGAAAUGGUGUUUGAAGAGUAUAUGACGUAUCUGAGGUCAUCUUCGGCGUAUCAGACGGCUAAGGAGAAAGGUUUAGAGCUUUUGACGGCUGAGAUGGAAGGAGAGUUUGCUGGUUCGUGGAAAGAAGAUGGGAAAGAGAAGAAAGUUGUUAGGUAUCCGAUUUAUCUGUUGAUCGGAAGAGUUGCAGAAGAACGUGUAUAAAUUGAUAUCUCUCAGUUAGGCAUUUCGUCGAACACCUUGUGCUUACACACAAGAAGACAUUAGUUUUGAUUGGUUCAAUGUAAAAAUAAAACUUUGUCGUUCCAGCAUUCCUGGGGAUCUCUAAUCUUUCCUUUUUUACCCCACGCGCGACUACACAAUAUCUAAAUUCCACUGAAAAAGAAAAAAAGCGACUAUACUCUAUAUUGCUCUUUCAGAUUUGCUAUCUAACGUUAAGAAAAAAAUAAAAAAUGACGCUAUCUCUAUAAAGUAUACUAGAUUUUCAUCCGCAGUAUAGCGCGGGACGAUUU